CCAGCCGAAACACAUCCCGCUCAUUUUGUCACAACACACGCGUCUACAAAGCGAGGAAACAAUGAUGAUGGACUAUGGUUCCAUACAAUUCGUUCUGCUUAUGGCACUUAUGUUGUGGAUAUUUUUCUUUUGCGCCGAUGCGGUGGUCUUUUUCAUUGGGAGCCUAAGACGCGCUUUGACUGACGGGACGAAUCCUUCGACUGCGGAUUGGGAAGUCGAAAAGGGAGACGACACAAGGGAACUCGACGAGGAAGAUAUCGACGACACCAAUAAUUAUCUCAUGGGAUAAGAAAGCAGACUUCACACUAGCCGAUCUUAAAUUUCUCUGCACAUUCUAUGUCUUCGUGAACGUUUCGGAAAUUCCCACUUGACCGGCCCCCGCAAAUUACAGCAUAUUCCGAAAAACCGCCCUUCACGACGCAGCUCCACGCUCGAAUACACCCCGAGGACGCCUCAGCGCGUCUGCAAAAAUGGAAUCACGUCUAGGCUGGCGAAUGCGGUUUUCAGGGUCGACAUCGGAGAAUUCCCGGGCGUGUGGAUCUUGUAAUGGGGGACUAAAUUCAAGGCUUAUGGGGUUGACUGGCAUUUGCUGAGAAUAGUAAUUUUCCAUUCCUGAUCGUAUAUGAUGUAGUAACGUGGGGUAGUAAAUACCACUAAUGCAGGCUGCUUACGCC